AUGGUUUCAAUAAAUUACAGGCCAAGUAUGGAAAAAUCUAGUAUUGAUUUGAAUCGUGAAACACCAUCGACAUCUGUCUCUGAAACCCAACCUGAACAUGGUGUUGAAGGGUUGAAAAAUCAUGCCAUUGUGGGGAAUGACCAAACUUCUACACAUUUCUGGGCUCGAAUCGCAGAAUACUACAACACCAACCAAAAAGGUGAGCAAGCAAGAACUGGAAGGCAAUGCAAAGAUCUUUGGAACAAGAUGAAUCAAAAGGUCGUGCGUUUCAAUGGGUGUUAUAAACGAGUACAACAUGCACAUCACAAUGGUUGGUCUAAUGAGCAAAUUCUUAAGAAUGCACAUCAAUUGUACAAAUAUGAAAACAGCGACUCAAAUUUUCUGCUUGUGGACUGUUGGAGAUUGCUAAAGGAUGAGCUGAAAUGGAAUACAAUGUACCAACCAAAAGGUGGUAAGAGAACAAAGGUGUCAGAAUCAGUAGCAUUUACUUCUUCUUCCAAUGCAGACAUCAGUGAUGAUGAAGUACGUGAAGUGCGCCCUACUGGCCAAAAGGCAGCAAAGAGAAAAGGGAAGGAAAAAAAAGACACAUACUAG